AUGUUUAAAACAACUUAUUUAUCGAAUUCAUUGAAAUUAUCAUCAUUAAAUUUACAACAUGCUUUGGAUCAUCAUCUCUAUAUUUCAUCAAACGAUGAUUCAUCAUUGUCAGUUCUUUGCUAUGAUAAUGUUUUAUGUUAUUUAUCAAAUGUAAUUCAUCAUGGAACAAUAAAUGAAAUUGAAAUAAAUCUACAGCGUUAUUUUACAAAUACACAAUUAGAACAAGCCUAUUAUAGAUUACAAAAUUCUCUCAAUUACUCAUUGAAAAUAAUCGAUUCAAAUAUUGAUCAACAUGUAUUUGAAACAAUUGAGCAAUGUUUAGAUAAUUUAUCAAAUACAUCAUGUUUAUUAACAAUAAUUCAAACAAUUUGUGAAAAAAAACUUUUUCCAUAUUUACCAAUAUUUGUUACCAAUGAUUGGAUUCAUAUGAUACGUUAUGUUCAAGAUCUUGAAAAAAUAGAUACAUCAUCAUCAUCAUCAUCAGGAACAAGAGCAGUAACUGAUUUACAAGAAACGAUAACAGGUCUGAAUGAAAAUCUAUCAUCAUUACAUAAAUUAGUUAUCGCGGCCGAAAAUCUUUCGACACUAGUAGCAAUUGAAUCUUCAAAUGAUCAAUGUUGCUUACGUACCUACUGUCAACAUACAUCAAUGCAACGUAUUAUACCGAUGAUAGAUUCUCCGGCAUCAUCCUAUUCGUCGUUGGAUAUCGAUAGAAGUCCUAUAACAACAUUAAAUCAAACAAUUCCAGGUUUUAUUCGUAAUCCGGUAUCAAAUUUUUUAAUGCCAACAGCACCAGCAAUAAAUGGCAUAACAUCAUCAAUGAUAUCAGCUGAUGAUAAUAAUAGUAGUGACGAUGAACAAUCAAUCAGUUCGAAAACUGGUUCCGUUGUCGUUAUAAGAGAUGACGAUCUAUGGAUCUAUCCUGUUGGUAUUGAUGUUCGAAAACCAAAAUUUAAUCCACAUGAAUUCCAUCGUUCUCAAUCCUUAUACAAUCCAGUCAUUGAAAAGCAUGAACCACCUAAUAGAUUCAUUCGAACAAAUAGUUUUGAUGAUGAAGAUUUUUCCAAAGAUAAUUUAGCAAAAUUAAAAAUACAACAUAAAAAGCAUAAGAAAGGAAAAGUUGUAGUAGAAGAAACACCAUGGUUUCCACGGCGAAUCAGUGAUUUAGAUCAAUGUUCAAUCAAAGUCCUUCUAUAUGGUGUUGAUCUUGAUGCUGAUCAUCCAGGUUUCACUGAUCCAGUUUAUCGUGCACGUCGAAUGUAUUUUCAUGAUGUAGCAAUCGCAUACAAACAUGGAGAUCCAAUUCCACGUGUACAAUAUACCAAAGAAGAAACGGACACAUGGGGCGUAGUAUUUCGAAAUUUAAAUAGAUUGUAUCCGACACAUGCAUGCACUGAAUAUUUGGCUAAUUGGCCUUUAUUAAGAGAAAAAUGUAGUUUUCGAGAAGACAAUAUUCCUCAACUAGAAGACAUAUCACGUUUUCUUCGUGAUCGAACUGGUUUUACACUACGGCCAGUCGCAGGUUAUCUAUCACCAAGAGACUUCUUAUAUGGCUUAGCAUUUCGAGUUUUUCAUUGUACACAAUAUAUACGACAUUCAUCGAAUCCAUCAUAUACACCAGAACCAGAUUGUUGCCAUGAAUUACUUGGUCAUAUACCAUUGUUGGCAGAUCCAAAUUUUGCUCAAUUCUCUCAUGAAAUUGGUCUUGCUGCAAUUGGUGCGUCAGAAGAAGAUAUUAAUCGUUUGGCAACGUGUUAUUUUUUCACAAUUGAAUUUGGUUUAUGUCGUCAAAAUGAUGGUCUUCGUGCAUAUGGCGCUGGUUUACUUUCGUCAUGUGCUGAAUUGGAACAUGCAUUAAGCGAUAAGGCAAAAAAGAUAGCGUUUGAUCCAGAUGUUGUUUGUAAACAAACAUGUUUAAUUACGACCUAUCAAGACCAAUAUUUUGUUUCAGCUAGUUUUGUUGAAGCAAAAGAAAAAAUGAGAGAAUUCGCUUUAUCAAUAAAACGUCCAUUUGCGGUUCGAUACAAUCCGUAUAAUCAAAGUAUUGAAAUUGUUUCAAAUACACAACAUGUUGCACAAAUAAUAUCGGAUCUCAAAGGUGACAUGUGUAUUAUAUUUGAUGCAUUAAGAAAACUUCAAAAUAGUGCUACAAAUGACAUAAAUAAUAAAAAAUAA